GGACACUUCCUCCAACAAUCCAGGUUCCUCGCCCAACCUCCUCUGUACAGCCUGUCCGGGAGUUCCCUUUUCCCCAGGCUCAGCGGCGCCCCUCCCGAUCUUUCCAGCGCCUCCCGGUCCGCGCUCCCGGACCCCGGCUCCACUCCCUCUCUCGCCCAGGUUGCCUCUCCAGCCCCAGAAGACAGAGCACCUCGGGUCCCGCACCCCAGCCCCCUCCUCUCCGGUCUCUCCUGCCCCUCCUCCCCGCCCGGGGCCGGCUAGCGCGGCGCAGGCGCAGCAACGCGGCCGGGAGGCCCAGGGCGACCAAAGCAACCUCUGCCUCCGCUUCGCCCGGCAGUAUCCUCGCGGGGCUGGUCGGCGGCCAACCGGACCGCGCAGGGCACUGGCCCCGCGGGCCGCGCGUCGAGAUGGGCUCGGGCUGGAGCAGCGAGGAGGAACGGCAGCCGCUGCUAGGGCCGGGGCUCGGGCCUGCGCCGGGGGCUGCUUGGAGAAGCCGGGAGGCGGCGGCGGCACUGCCCGCGGCUGCCCCGAGUCCCGGGCGCGUGUACGGGCGCCGCUGGUUGGUGCUCCUGCUCUUUUCGCUGCUGGGUUUCGCUCAGGGCCUGGUCUGGAACACCUGGGGCCCCAUCCAGAACUCGGCGCGCCAGGCCUACGGCUUCUCCAGCUGGGACAUCGCGCUCCUAGUGCUGUGGGGCCCCAUCGGCUUCCUGCCCUGCUUCGCGUUCAUGUGGCUUCUGGACAAGAGAGGUCUUCGGAUAACUGUGCUUCUGACGUCCUUUCUUAUGGUUUUGGGAACUGGUCUAAGGUGCAUCCCUGUAUCAGACUUAAUGCUUAAAAGAAGACUAAUCCAUGGAGGACAGCUGUUAAAUGGAUUGGCAGGUCCAACUGUAAUGAACGCAGCUCCGUUCCUCUCCACAACAUGGUUCUCUGCAGACGAGCGGGCCACUGCCACAGCUAUCGCGUCGAUGCUCAGUUACCUCGGGGGAGCUUGUGCGUUUUUAGUUGGACCACUUGUCGUUCCAGCUCCCAAUGGGACAGCACCUCUUCUUGCUUCAGAGAAUAGCAGGGCCCACAUUAAAGAUCUCAUAGAGACUGUAUUAUACGCAGAAUUCGGAGGUGUCUGCUUACUAUUUUCUGCAACUCUAGCUUAUUUCCCACCUCGGCCACCUCUUCCUCCCAGUGUUGCUGCAGCUAGCCAGCGGCUGAGCUAUCGACGGAGCUUUUGUAGGUUAUUAAGCAAUUUGAGAUUUUUGAUGAUUGCUUUAGCGUAUGCGAUACCACUUGGUGUAUUUGCUGGCUGGUCUGGAGUUCUGGACUUAAUUUUAACACCAGUGCAUGUCAGCCAAGUGGAUGCUGGCUGGAUUGGAUUUUGGUCCAUAGUUGGAGGCUGCGUUGUUGGAAUAGCUAUGGCAAGGUUUGCAGAUUUUAUCAGGGGUAUGCUGAAACUAAUUCUGCUCCUCCUCUUUUCUGGGGCUACACUCUCAUCCACGUGGUUCACCCUGACCUGUUUGAACAGCAUCACACACCUGCCUUUAACCACAGUGACAUUGUACGCCUCCUGUAUUCUCCUGGGAGUGUUCCUGAAUAGCAGUAUACCUAUAUUUUUUGAGCUUUUUGUGGAAACUGUCUACCCAGUUCCAGAAGGAAUUACUUGUGGAGUUGUCACUUUUUUAAGUAAUAUGUUCAUGGGAGUACUUUUGUUUUUUCUCACAUUUUAUCACACAGAAUUGUCUUGGUUCAACUGGUGCCUUCCCGGGUCGUGUUUGCUCAGUCUCCUUCUCAUUCUGUGCUUCAGGGAAUCCUAUGACAGACUGUAUCUUGAUGUGGUUGUCUCAGUUUAAUAGCACAGACUUGAAGGAGUUUAAAAGGAGACUUGAAAUCAACACUGCCUACUGCACAUUUGCUUGGAAUUGCACAGGAGGAAAAAAAAAACAAAAGGAGAAGAGAGAAACUUCAUUCAGAGGUUUUUUUAGGUUACAGGCGAUCACAUUAAUUUAAUUACUACUAGGUAAUAAUAAUGUGGAACUUGAGUGAUAAUAGUGGAUUUAAAACUGUAUCAGUGACAUACCUGUGCCAGAGUCGGUUUAGAAGUGUGAAGUCUUACCCAAAAAGCACUACCUAGGUAAUUUUCUCUGUGUUUUGUGCCAGUGCUAAGCUACUGAUUGGUUCAUUGUAAUUAUGAAAAGGAGUAAAGGGUGCCUAUCACAUGAAGAUAGCUCCUUCCCUAAGCCACAUAUCAGAAUAGGAAGAAAUGCCACUAACUUCUAAAGAAGUUUAAACCGUAUAUCAGAUUUUAAUUAUAAAAUAGCCAAGAGGUGUAUCAAUGAUAGAAAUUAGCCACAUGUACACUACAUUUUUUUCUAAUAAAGCAAUUUCUUAUAUGACUCCUGAUUUGUAAUUAGAUUGGAAAGCUUCGGCCACCUUAAUUAUGGUGGUCAAGUGCUUUCUAGCGAGUUCAGAGCGCAUACUUUGUGUCUCGAUCUUAACUUAUCCUUGUUUCUGUGAAAUACAGUUUCAUCUACUAGGCUCUUAAAUGUUUAUAUUAAAGGUGACUAAAUGUUUAAUAUAGUUGCAUUAAAUGCUGUAUGAAAAAAUGUAAUUACGUUCCGAUUUAGCACUUUGUGAAAAGUGAAAUGACAAAUCCCACAUUACAUCCUGUGUCUUUGGGCAGAUAUAUGUGUUGUGGCAUGGGAUGGGAAAUCCAGCACCAGCUGUUAUUGACCAGGGUUGCAUUUUAUUAAAUAACCCUUGUUUGAAAAUAACAAUUUAUAGCCUUGAAACUUUCAAA